AUGGCGUGCCCGCCUAUCACUCUCUUCCUCUUCCCCGCUCUCUGCUUCAUACUCGUGCAUCUCCUCCCGUCGCAUGUGCUGCUUGUCACCUCUCUUCCUCUCCCAUGCUCAUGUUCCUCCCUUACCCCUUCUGUCCCCCCUUCAGGCGACCUCUCACCCCUUCUGUAUUGCUCCUCCUCUCUCCAUUUCAGCUUCUCCUUUUCUUCGUCCCACGGCUCUGGCGAUCGCCGAGCUCCCAUCACCAUACGCCUCAUCCUCUCAUUUUCUGGCUGUGGCUCCGGCGAUCCGUCUUCCCCACGCAUGCGCCCUGUCGCGCGGUCAUUCUCCUUGCUCUUGCGGCGCCUCGCGCCACUCCCGCGCACCUCCCCUGACGCGCGAUCUGCAUCCGCGCUGCUCCCCUGGUGCCUCGCGCUCCCGCGCACCUCCCCUGGCGCGCGAUCUGCAUCCGCGCUGCUCCCCUGGCGCCUCGCGCCACUCCCGUGCCUUUCGUCAGCAGAACGCUCCGCAUCCGCUUCCCCGCGGUGCCUCGCGCCAAUCCCGCGCAUUUCACCGUCCGAUCCGUCUGCAUCUGCGCUCCCGCAGCGCCUCGCGCCAUUCCCGCGCAAUUCACCGUCCGAUCCGUCUGCAUCUGCGCUCCCGCAGCGCCUCGCGCCAUUCUCGCGCAUUUCACCGUCCGAUCCGUCUGCAUCUGCGCUCCCGCAGCGCCUCGCGCCAUUACCGCGCACUUCGUCUGUCGAGCGACUCGAUCCCGUCGCCUUUCCGCACUCUUCGCGUUUCUCUCCGCGGUGCAUCUCGCCUCCCUCGCGCAUGUCGUCCGGCGAGCGAUCUGCUCCCGCGUUCCUUGGAUCAUCUUCCGCCGUCUCCUCGCCGUCGGCCUCGUUUGCCGACAUCAGCGAGUCCGUCUCGUCGGCAUCCUCCUGA